AUGGGUCUUUUGAGCUCGACGGACAAAGAACUGAUCAAAAGGGCGCUGCCCAAGUCUUCCAACAAAAUCAUCGAUGUUGCCAUAGCAAGACUUUAUGUUGCAUAUCCGGAUCCUAAUGAGUGGCAAUACACGGGCCUGUCCGGAGUCAUUGUGCUGGUUGACGAUUUAGUGGGACACACGUUUUUCUUGAAGCUUGUGGAUAUCAAAGGACAUAGAGGUGUGCUUUGGGAUCAUGAGUUGUAUGCAAAGUUCGAAUACUACCAAGACCGAACUUUCUUUCACACUUUUGAGAUAGAGGAUUGUUACGCGGGUCUGUUGUUCGAAGAUUUGAACGAAGCGUCCCACUUCCUGAAGAGAAUACAGAAACGGGAGAAGUAUGCGUCCAAGAAGACGCUUUCCAACAAGAAUGCAAUUGCUCUGACCAAGAAAGUGAACCAAGAAAGGGCGUCACAAGUCGUCAAUGGUCCCCGAGGCGAGUCCCUCUACGGGCAACAGAGGGAAAGGUAUGAUUAUGAGAAGGCUGAAUCGAUUCCGCAGACCAAACACAAAGCGCCUCCGCCCCCACCUCCCGUGGCUGCAUCUUCUACUGCUGGAUCAAGCGAUUUCGAGGAUGAUGGCGAGUCACGUUCCGACUGGACCGUAUCGGCGCCAACAACUCCAGCGCCUGCUGCGCCGGCUCCGGAGAUACCAGCAGCUCCAGUACCGCAGGCUCGUAUGAAACAUCCUGUUCCUCCGCUCCCGGCCUCCGUUGCACCACCAGCGCCUUCCGAUACAUCAUUACCAGGGUCGGGGCCCACUGCGCCGGCUCCGGCACCUCAGUCACCCACCCUACCCCGUAGGGACAAUAACCCGUUCCCGAUCCCCACGUCGACUAAUGUCCCCAAUCCAUUCCCCGUGCCGCUGCCCAAUACAGCUCCUCAGCAGGCGAAUAAUCCCUUUCCGUUUCCCGUACCACAGCAGUCGGCUCAGAACAAUUCAUUCUCAGCGCCUGCCAGGCCCGUUCCUGCACCUCCAGCUCGAAAUAACCGUCCGGUGCCUGUACCCCCAAGAAAAACAACUAGAAAUGCUCCGCCGGUCCCGGCCUCUAGGCAUGGUCCACCUCCUCCACUGCCUCCUCACAGGAAUGUGACACCGCAGGCUGCGACACAGAAUAUGGUGCCAACACACCAAACUGGACGUCCACCUGCUCCGCCGCCUCCUAGACGCGGCCCAGCCCCUCCUCCGCCUCCCAGGGCCAACGCGUCUCAAGCGUUUCCACAGCACUCUACAGUGCCACCAGUGCAGACCAGUUUCCCGAGUCAGAACGGCUAUCAAUCACCUCCUCCGCCGCCAACUCCACCAACUACAUUUAACAGCAUUCCACCUGCUGCACAGGCAUCAUCAGCGGUUCAUGCCACAAGCGCACCUCCUCCACCACCUCCGCCUCCUAUGGCGCCAGCACAAACUACAAGUGCGCCACCCCCGCCUCCACCUUCUUUCUUGACUCAACCGCAGAACGCUUCAGCGCUACCUCCACCACCUCUACCCCCCGUGACGACUCCAGCUUCCAACGGAGGUUUCGCAGAAACGACUGGUGAUGUUGGGAGGGAUGCUCUCCUUGCAUCCAUCCGAGGCGCUGGCGGCAUAGGAUCAUUGAGGAAGGUCGAUAAAUCUCAGCUCGAUCGACCAUCUGUGCUGCUGCAGGAGGCCCAAGGCAAACCAGUGGCACCGAACAGCCCAUCGGGACCACCACCCUCAGGCGGCGGAUCAUUAGCGGAUGCUCUGGCGGCCGCCUUGAGUCAACGAAAGGCCAAGGUUGGUUCUGGCGAUUACGAUAACGGGGAUGAUUGGUAA